AUUUACUCGUCAUUUAAUUCUUUCUUGCUUUAUCUUUCAUUUGGAUAUCCUUUACCAUGUACAACCGAAAUUUUGAAUAGUAUAAACCUUCCGGUGAAAGCAGAAAAACUCACUUUUCUAUGAGAUAUCCUGUUUCAAUAUCCUCACACAAUAUCCGGUUUCAAAAUUUACAAGCAUCAAACUCUUUAUACAAAAGUUGUUCAUGUUUGAUCAUAAUUAGAAAAAAAAUGGCUUUAAUGUCAGCAACUACAGAUCUUGGUGCUAAAUUUAAAGGCUGCUUGGUCGGCGCCUUAGCUGGGGAUUGCCUUGGUGGUUAUUUUGAAGGUCAUCACAACAUUCCUCAGAGCAUGCUAGAAGGAUUUUUCUUUGAUAUUCUAGAAGAAUCAGAACCAAUUCUUCCGUAUACAGAUGAUACUGCAAUGACAAUAUCAGUUGCCCAAUCGCUUAUUGAAAAUAAAGAAAUCUGUCCUGCAGAUUUGGCUGAAAAAUUUGUGAAUGAGUUUUUUGAAAAUCCGAGCCGAAGAUAUGGCAUGAACGCUGCCAGAAUAUUUAAAAAUUUGCAAGAAUCAGAAUUUGAAGACGUCUUUCUUCCUGCUAAAACAUCGUUUAGUGGAACAGGUUCUGCUGGUAAUGGUGCUGCUAUGAGAGUUGCUCCCAUUGCUUUAUUUGCUCAUGAUAAAGAAGAGGAGUUUAUAAAAGGUGCGGUGGAACAGUGCUCUUUUAUAACACACACUCAUCCAGAUGGCUAUAAUGGAGCAAUAUUGAUGUGCUUAGCUGUACAUUCAGCUCUAAAAUUAGAUUCUUCUGUAGAACUUGAUCCUAUACAGUUUAUUUCCGAUCUUGAAGAUAAAAUGAAAAAGAUCGAAACGAAGGUGGAUGCCAAUGAUGCUGAGACUGGUCCCAAAAGGAAGGAUUCUACAGGUUUCCGGAAAGUAAUAGAUUUAUUUACUAGUCGAUGGACAGCACAGCAAGAAGAAGAAACUCCUUACUGUAGUAGCUUGAAGAAAAUAAAAAAUAUAUUUCUUCAAAAGCAAGACAAUAUUUCAAAUGAAGAAGUUGCUGAACAUUUAGGUAAUAAUGUCUUGGCAUUGAGAUCUGUUCCAGUUGCAAUUUAUUCAUUUCUCAAAUCUUUGAAACCACUUCGCAAUUUUGAGAGCACAAAUCCGUUUGUUCGGGCAAUGUACUUUGCAAUAUCAGUUGGCGGUGAUACUGAUACGAUUGCUUCGAUGACGGGAAGCAUAGCUGGCGCCUAUUAUGGUAUAGACGAAAUUCCCCAUAAUCUCCAGCGCAGGUGUGAGAAAAUAGAUGAAGUGGUGAAAUUAGCUGAUGACCUACUAAAAGUAUCUCAAGCCUGAAUAUUAUUUGAUGAAUUUUGUAAUGAAAGAGAAAAGGCCCAUGUUUUAAAUUGGUAACACAUAGCUUAAAAAAAACUGGUUAUAUAUUGAACUACAUAUAUGCCAGUUCAACUGUUCAACUAGUCUAUUGUACAAAAUUAUUGCAACUUUUAGCAACUUCAACUUGAACCAUAGCAAAGUUUAAUCAAGUUGAAAAAUGUUUAAAUAACUCCAUAGUUGAGUUUAAUAAUUGAGUUUCUGCAGUUUGUUUAACUCAAACUGAAUUUUACCACACUCCAAUACUUUUUAAGGAUGUAGUAUAUUUAUUUGCUGUUCUGUUACUUUGUUUUUAAAUAAAUCAGAAAUUUUAGUUUA